AUGGCUGACAAUAACCAAGGCUGCAAAAUUACCCUAUACUGGCUCGAACAAUCCCGCAGUCAUCGUAUCCUUUGGCUACUGGAAGAGCUACAGUUGAAAUAUCAGCUCAAGACUUUCAAGCGACGCUCUGAUAAGCUCGCACCAGCAGAGUUGAAAAAUGUUCACCAGCUGGGCAAGUCCCCUGUAGUGACGAUCGAGGCGCCUGGUUCCUCUUCGCCUAUGGUUCUUGCAGAAUCCGGCGCGAUCGUUGAGUAUCUAUGCGAUCACUUUGGAAAAGCACAGCCAUCGCUUGUUCCUGAGCGCUAUGUUGCGGGUCGGGAGGGGCAGGUUGGUGGUGAGAGUGAGGAAUUUAUGCGCUAUCGUUAUUUCAUGCACUAUGUUGAGGGAUCUUUGAUGCCUUUUCUCGUGAUGACUCUGGUCAAUGAUACAAUUCGCAAGUCGCCACCUUUCUUUGUUCGUCCCAUUACUGGUCUUAUCGCUUCGCAGGUUGAAGCCUCUUUCUUGAACAGAAAUAUUGAGGGCAACCUUGCUUUCCUCGAGGAUCAACUGAAGACUGCGCCCGAGGGAGGUCCCUUUAUCUGUGGUAAGGAUCUAACUGCCGCGGAUAUCAUGCUCAGUUUCCCUGUGAUUGCGGCGAGUGGACGCGUGUUGCAGGACCAGAAGCAGAAGGAGAAAUAUCCUCUUCUGGGUGCCUAUGCUCAGAAAUUACAGGAUCAUCCUGGAUACAAGAAGGCCGUGGCUAAGAUUGAGGAGGUUGAGGGUACCUUCUCUGCUUCUAUGUAA